GAGAACUUUGCAAGUGUCACAGACGCCUACGGUCUAGAUGAGCUCGACUACGAUGAAUAUAUGGACGAUCCUGACGUUGGGAUUUCCUAUUCAGCGGGUGCCGGUGCAGGUCUCGAGGACAUAGAUGAUCUUAUGGAAGAAAUCGAGGCUUCGUUUUCCCCAUCUCCUCCAGAGCGUAUCCGAGCCCGGAACGCUCAGUACAUCGCCCCGAGAUUUACACGCAACCCUGGUCCCCAGACUCCAUUAGACUAUGAUGACAUCUCUGAUUACGAUGAUGUGGAGCUGUAUCAAGCAUUCGAACCUCAGUUCCAGCCGGAUGUGCGUUUGACUGGCUCAUCGAGCUACGGACCUCCGACGCUUAGCCGGCGCCCGUUUGCAACGCAAUCGGUAGCUAGACUUUCAUUUCGCCAAACGGUCCCCCCUGGCGUUUUAUCUGCACAUAAUACCCGCCCCCCCAUGAUCCCCGGUUUGUUGUCUACAAGCGAUCGAUUGGCCCCUCAUGCAAAUGAGGCUCCUCAUGACAACCGUUGUGACCCAGCCAGAGGGUCAAACCCGCGAAAUGCACACGGCAUCCCGCUGCGUCCUGUGUCAAAAUUGCCUGACAUGUAUCGGUCAUUGUUCAAGUUCGGCGUCUUCAACGCAGUCCAGUCGAGCUGUUUCGACACGGUUAUGGAUACAGACGAGAACAUGGUCAUUAGCGCGCCCACGGGGAGUGGGAAGACAGUGCUCUUCGAGCUCGCGAUCAUCCGCAUGCUUAUGCAGGCGGGUGGGAAUACGAAGACGUCUAAGUGCAUCUACGUAGCUCCCACAAAGGCGCUUUGCUCCGAGAAGUGCAGAGAUUGGACCGCGAAAUUCCAGCCAUUGGGUGUGGAUUGCUGCGAGCUGACAGGAGAUACCGUGCACUUCGGAAAGAGUGCAUGGGGAAGCGCGCGGGAUGCUACUAUUAUUGUCACAACGGGUGAAAAGUGGGACAGCUUAACUCGCAACUGGAGCGAUCAUCAACGGAUCCUGUCGCAAAUUCAGCUUUUUCUUGUUGACGAAGUGCAAAUUUUAAACGAGCACCGUGGGAGCACAUUGGAAGUAGUCAUCUCACGUAUGAAGAUUCGUGGAUCCUCUGUACGUUUUGUGGUGGUGUCUGCCACUGUCCCGAACAUCGAGGAUGUGGCCAGCUGGAUCAGUAACGGAACUCCGGACGGCUCUGCUACCAUAAUGAAGUUUGGAGAGGAAUACCGGCCAUGCAAACUAUCAAAGUUCGUGUAUGGGAUACCGCGGAAGAGAGAACAGAACGACUUUGUAUUCCAGAAGACACUCGAUUACCGCUUGUAUGCCAUUCUCCAGCAACAUUCUGCCAACAAGCCAAUGCUGGUAUUUUGCUCGACUCGCAAAGGCGUGAUGACGACUGCAGAACAGAUCAUGAAAGAGUACGAAGAGGCCUCGCAUAAGAAACAGACGUUACCUUGGCUUAGACCUCCUAGAAUCGAGCAAAAUUUCCAAAAUAAGCGUCUGGAAAAGCUUGCAGUAUGCGGGAUAGGUGUUCACCAUGCAGGCAUAAGCAUGGAAGAUCGUCGGACUACUGAAGAACUAUACAUCAAGAAAGUGCUAAGGAUAGUGUUUGCGACAUCUACCUUGGCGGUCGGCGUCAACUUGCCUGCGCAUACGGUCGUGAUCAAGGGUGUCAAGAUCUUCCAGAACAAUACCUCUCAGGAGUACUCGGAUCUGGACAUCAUGCAGAUGAUGGGUCGUGCGGGCCGACCUCAGUUUGACAAGGAAGGUAUCGCUAUCAUCAUGUGUGAGGCUGAUUUAGAGGCAAAGUACAAAGCUCUGGCGCAAGGCCACACGGUCCUGGAGAGUUGCCUGCACCUGAACCUCUCGGAGCACAUCAACUCGGAAGUGGGACUCGGGACGAUUACAGAUCUUGAUACGGCUAAGGAGUGGUUGCACAACUCAUUCCUUUAUCGUAGGGUACAGAGAAAUCCGAGACACUACGCAAUUGGGAAGGACAACAGUCAGACGUGGCAACAAAGAAUUGAUGACAUGGUCACCCAGAGCAUCAUCAAACUGCAGGAUACCGAAUUAGUCACCUAUUCUGAGCAUGAGGAUGGUCAAUUGUGUUCCACGGAGUUCGGCGACAUCAUGAGCAAGUUCUACGUGAAGCAGUCAACAAUGAACCUCAUCCUCAAAUUGCCAGACCGUGCCACCGUUCGCGAGAUUCUUGAGGCAAUCGCGAGUGCAGAAGAAUUCUCGGAUAUCAGGCUUCGCAGUGGCGAGAAGCAGGUGUAUAACAAGAUGCGCGUACACAAUGAUAUUCGAUACCAGAUCAAGAAGAUCGAGAAACCGGCGGACAAGAUCUUCGUAUUGAUACAGGCCGUUCUGGGCUGUAUGAGCUUGUCCGAUCCCGAAUACAAGAAUGGUGAUAACAAUCCGCCCGGAGAAGCGUUUGCAAUUUUCCGACACGUUGCGCGAAUUGCAAAAGCUAUCGUGGAGGUGGCGAUUGUGAAGAAGGCAGGCGGUUUACUCAAGAGUGGCCUUGAGGCGAUGCGCUGUCUCAAUGCCAAGGCCUGGGAAGAUCGGUAUACGGUCAUGCGGCAAGUCGAGCGCAUCGGCGAGAAAUCUCUCAAGGUACUUGCGGAGCACAAUAUCACCAGCAUCGAUGCGCUACGAAAGGCAGACCAGCUGUGCCUGGAAGCUCUGCUCAAUCGUCGGCCACCUUUCGGCCUCGAGGUACUUGCUGCCGUGCAACAGUUUCCUCAGUAUACAUUGAAAAUCAGCGAAGUUGCCGUAUCAAGUCACGGAGGCAAGAAGCCCGUGGAGGUCGAAAUACUUGUUGAUUGUGGGUUGCUCAAUGCCACAGAGAUUAAGCCGAAGAAAGUCAAGACUAGGGUGGCGGACAUGACGGCGGUGCUCACCUUGACUUCGGACCUCGACUUCGUGGACUUUCGUCGCAUUCCGACGAAAGUACUGAAGGAGACUAAAAGUUUCUCGGUCAGCGUCCAGCUAACGAAGCCCAGCCAGUCGAUCACUGUGUGCAUCAGUUCGGAAAUCAUCGCUGGAGUGGCUAUGACCGAAUGUUAUAAGCCCAAUAUCGGCGCGAAGCACUACCCUACCAUGGUCACGCGCCCACAGAACUCCUUGGAUGUGAUGCUGGAGGGCCUCGAGGACGAUCCUGACUUCUGGAACAUGGGCCCGGACGAUGAGGACUUCGUGGAGGCGGAGUUACCUACAGCAAAAGUGGAGCCGCCGGCAGUCACUAGUAAGCCCGCUGCUACCCAGGCCAGCCUCUCCAAGCAUCAUGAGGAGCAACAGAAGACGAGUGCCAAGAUUGCUCCUGGUAACACCGCGGCAACGAUGCAAAACAGGCUCAAACGACUACCAAAUGGCAACUAUGAAUGCAACCAUAUGUGCAAAGACAAGAGAAACUGCCGCCAUGUCUGCUGCCAUGAAGGUCUGCCAAAACCCCCUCCAAUGUCGAAGAAGCGAAUCGAGGCUUUAUGCACUGAAGAGAGUAGCCAAAACAAGCUCGACAAGUCCACAGUCGGUUCCGAUAAUGGCUCGCGACACACGGACUCUUCAAAGGCUAAGGCGACAACCAAGGUCAAGUCAAAGCCGUGCGAUAAGGCGGGCGCUCAGCUGAAGCGCCUAGACGCUCUGCACGAAAAGACUAAUGUCAAGGCGAAUCUGAAAUUAUCUCCAGGGCAGCGCAUCAAACUCGACAAAUCUGUGAAUACUUCCGGGGAAGGGCUCAAGGGACGGUCUAUCGGCUCUGGCUUGACGUCUCUACGCGUGGACAACAAGGCUGAUACUGGCGACGACGUCAUCUCUAUUGACGACUCGGAUAAUGACGCAGACCUCCCGGAGCCUAGUGACUUAUUGAACUCCUUUGGCAAUGGAAAGCGGAAGGGAUGUGACGUCGCAAUUCCUUCUGACGAUACCACACACUAUUCUAACUCGGAAGUCGACGCUGCGUUACGAGAUGCUCCCUUAUACGACAAUGAAAAUAUCAGACAUAUGAAUACUAGUUCUUCUACGCCACAAGCUUAUGACAACUCUCCUCGCGCCGAAAACUGGCUCUGGAAUACUCCAGCUUCAAAGAGGCAGAAGCGAAGAAGUGAAGCCGAUGAAUCGCCUAUCAAUCACAAGCGCGCUGAGUUGGAACCCACACAGCGUGAUGAAACGUUCAGAAGGCCGCCUGCCAGCCCCAUGCAACGAAAAGUUGACAAGGGCAAGCAGAAGGCAGAGCUGCUAUUCUUGGACUCUUCCUCCGAUGAGCAUGGUCCUUCGGGCUGGCAGCAGGAUGUGGAGAUGGAACAAGGCUCUCCUUGUCGCUUUCAAGCUCCAGGUGAUGAACCAUUCGAGCUAGAUCUUAAUCUCUUCGAAAUCGUCCCGGACACGUCUUCCUCGGAGACUUUGGCAACCUCUUGCAGCGCGUCUCAUGAACAGUUAUCUUUGAGAGACCACAUAGAAGUCGAGCCUUCAAGUUUCGCUUUUGACGACGAACCUCAGGAGGACAAUAGUUUUCAGAAAGAUUUGGAGGAGCUAGAAGCCUGGUGGCAUAGCGGAGCAGUAGAGAUUAUCGAUGAUUAGCAAGACACCAGCGCGAACAAUCUUCUCGUAGAUGCCAAAGAGCAUUGUGUACUUUACAAACGGGAUUGGUAUUGGACGGGCUACAAAGCUCAUUACUUGUUCGUUGCCAGUCUGAUUAAUAUACGCAGCCGAUGUUCAUGGCCUUGCGGUCAGCCACCCA